AUGGAUCGUUGGGCUGGUAAAGUAGCAGUAAUUACUGGCGCUUCAUCGGGAAUUGGAUUAGCGACAGCUAAAGCUUUAGUUCACCGUGGCUUGACUGUGGUUGGUUUGGCCAGAAGAAAAACUAAAAUGGAGAACGAAUUGAAAGACGUAAAAGGCCUUGGAAAAUUUUACGCGGUAAAGUGCGACGUGACUAUCAAAGAACAGGUCAAAAAUGCCUUUGAAUGGAUCAAAACGAAUUUAAAAACUAUUGAUAUCCUCGUCAAUAACGCAGGGACCAAUACAUCUGGUAGCGUGGCCGACAUUGACAUUGACGAAAUGAAGAAAAUGUUAGAUAUCAAUUUUAUAGGAGUGCUCCUUUGCUCUCAAUUGGCUAUAAAAAUGAUGAAAAAAGCUGGCCACGAGUCACAUAUUAUCAUGAUCAACAGCGUCAUGGGCCUUCGAGUAAAUCCCGUUCCUACUCCAAACUGCACAAAUAUUUACGCAGCAACCAAGUUUGCUCUUCGAGCACUGUCCCUCACGCUAGAAAAGGAAUUAUACGAUACCAGCAUACGAGUAACGAACAUAAGCCCAGGAGCUGUGAAAACUGAAUUAUUGGAAAAUAUGUCGAAAGACUUUCCCGAGAUUAAUCAAUUAAUGACAUUAGAACCCGAAGAUCUCGCUGAUGCUAUUAUUUAUGUUUUGAGUACUCCUUCAAGGGUUCUUAUUGAAGAGUUGACGAUUAAACCUGCAAAAGCACCAUAUUAG